AGCCAAAGUCUAUAAGUAGAGCACCGUAGGCGAGCGUUUUCUUUCACCCACCCUAAAAUAGACGCUCACUUUUUCUGUUUGUUUCUUGGGAAAAUUCUACACACUGUUUUUCUCAACCCGCCAGCUGAAUUCCCGCCCCCGGAAAAUAGUUCCAGUCGAAAAUGGCGCAGUUUCAGAACGACGAGCUGGAGUACGUCGUCGACGACUACUUCGACAUCGCCGACUUCGAAGACACCGACGCUUUUGCCGGUAACCAGCUACGGGGAAGCUACGGCGCCUACUCGGACUUUGACGACGACGACUUCGCUGAGAGCAAGGUGAAGACUGAUACUUCGGCAAUGGAAGCUCGAAAUGGGAAGGACAUACAGGGGAUUCCGUGGGAGAGGCUUAACUUCACCAGAGAUAGGUACCGUGAGACCCGAUUGAAGCAGUACAAGAACUACGAAAGCCUCUCUCUGCCUCGCCAGGACCUCGAAAAGGAGUGCUUGCCAGUAGAGAUGGGGAAGACCUUCUAUGACUUUCACUACAAUACAAGGAUUGUCAAGUCCACAAUUGUGCAUUUCCAGCUGAGGAAUCUCUUAUGGGCCACAUCAAAGCACGAUGUAUACAUUAUGCAGAACUUUUCAGUAAUGCAUUGGUCUUCCCUACUCAGGAGAGGCAAAGAAGUAUUGAACGUAUCAAAACCUGUUGUCCCUAUUGAGAAACGACCUGGGUUGUUGGUUCGUCCACUCUCUAGAGUGCAAAUAAGCACUAUGGCUGUGAAGGAAAAUUUAUUGGUUGCUGGGGGAUUCCAAGGUGAACUAAUCUGCAAGCACAUUAAUCAACCUGGAGUUGCUUUCUGCUCAAAAUUAACGACAGAUGACAAUGCCAUCACAAACGCAGUGGACAUUUUCCAAAACCCUUCUGGCUCAAUGAGGGUAAUGACUGCAAACAAUGAUGCUCAAGUUAGAGUUUUUGAUGUCCAAAAUUUCACUUGCCUCACUCGCUUCUCGUUUGAUUGGUCCGUGAAUAACACCUCUGUCAGUCCAGAUGGUAAGCUAGUUGCAAUACUCGGAGAUAGUGCGGACUGCUUGAUUGCUGAUGCUCAGUCUGGAAAAGCUGUUGGAAGCCUCAAAGGUCAUUUGGAUUAUUGCUUUUCCUCAGCAUGGCAUCCGAAUGGACAAGUUUUGGCUACCGGGAAUCAAGACACCACUUGCAGGUUAUGGGACAUAAGGAACCUCUCAGAGUCGCUAGCCGUGUUGAAGGGAAGAAUGGGAGCAAUACGGGCCAUAAAGUUCACUUCAGAUGGUCGGUUUAUGGCCAUGGCUGAGCCGGCAGACUUUGUUCACAUCCUUGACACUCAGUCUGGGUAUAUGAAGGAACAAGAGAUUGACCUGUUUGGUGAAAUCGCCGGAAUAUCGUUUAGCCCCGACACAGAAGCUCUGUUUGUUGGGGUCGCUGAUCGGACGUAUGGUAGCGUGUUAGAGUUCAACAAGAGGCAUCAUAACCGAUAUCUCGAAGCAGUCUUCUAGUACAGUGCCUCCAUAUUCAUACCCUCAUGUCUCUACUGCAAAUACUCUACACACACACACACACAUAUAUAUAGGUUAUGGCGUUUUGGGUGGUUUUUUCUGUGAAGGUGUUCUUUGAGCAAGCAGAAAGGGAAGAAAAUUUGAACUUUUUGGUUUUGUAAAGCACAUUUCAGUCUCAAGUAUGUAUAUUUAUAAACAGCUCGUUUGUUCAA